UGAGGAUCCUACGAGGUUAUUUUGGCUGCGUAGCAUGUAGAAGAAAGCAUAUAUAGCUAUGUAGGCGGUCACCGAAUAUAGAGAAAAGGAGUGUGGUUUGAGUGAGUGGCGAAGGAUCUGUUUCUGGGUAGGAGCGGAAUCAAACCCUUUUCUUCUUUGUGAAUAGAACAAUGGCUUCAGAUCGGAAAAUUCACACUUUCGGGGAGGUCGCAAAGCACAACAAGACCAAGGAUUGUUGGCUCGUCAUUUCGGGAAAGGUGUAUGAUGUCACCCCUUUCAUGGAGGAACAUCCCGGAGGUGAUGAGGUUUUGUUGUCUGCCACAGGGAAAGAUGCAACCAAUGAUUUUGAAGACGUGGGGCACAGUGAUAGUGCAAGAGAUAUGAUGGCAAAAUACUACAUUGGUGAGAUUGAUUCAUCAAGUGUUCCCCUGAAGCGAACCUACGCUCCACCUCAGCAAGUUCUGUACAGUUCUGAUAAGACUUCGGAUGUUCUGAUCAAGAUCUUGCAAUUCCUGGUCCCUCUCCUGAUAUUGGGCUUGGCCUUUGUUGUCCGGCACUACACCAAGAAAGAGUAAUUCCUUCUAUAUCAAAUUUGACCCCGCCGAAGGGUCUGUUAGCUUUAUAGUGUCAUUUGAAGAACAGUGUUUAGUUUCUGGAUCGAACUAUUGUUGAGUAACCCAAUGUUUUCCAACUUUCUUUGUCAUUGCUAUUAGUGUCAUUUAUGAAUUGAGAACUUAAUGUUUGGACGGGGCUAA